CACACCGGCCCAGGGUGGUGGUCGCGCGCGGCGUUGCUGGCUAUACCGCACUUGGCACAAGUGCUUCCCGUGCCAGGGUGACAUGGAAGGACUGCUGACAAGAUGCCGAGCACUGGCCCCCCACAGCCACCAUCUCUCUGGGUACAAGCCCCUCAGAUUUUACUGUUCCCCAAGCAGAGGGCGGCGCAUGGUGCUGUCCCGUGUAUUCCAGCCCCAGAACCUCCGGGAAGACCAGUGGCACUCCCUGGAGGGCAGAUCUGGUGAGCUGACCUGUAAGAGUCAGAAGCUGAUGCUGCGGGUGGGCUUGAUCCACCCAGCCAGCCCCGGCUGUUACCACCUCCUGCCCUACACCGUCCGAGCCAUGGAGAAGCUCGUGCGGGUGAUAGACCAGGAGAUGCAGGCCAUCGGGGGUCAGAAGGUCAACAUGCCCAGCCUCAGCCCGGCAGAGCUCUGGCAAGCCACCAGCCGGUGGGACUUGAUGGGUAACGAACUGCUACGACUCAGAGACAGACACGGCAGGGAGUACUGCUUAGGACCGACUCAUGAGGAAGCCGUCACAGCCCUGGUCGCCUCCCAGAAGAACCUGUCCUACAAGCAGCUUCCAUUCCUGCUAUACCAGGUAACGAGGAAGUUUCGGGAUGAGCCCAGGCCCCGCUUUGGUCUUCUGCGCGGCCGAGAGUUUUACAUGAAGGACAUGUACACCUUCGAUUCCUCCCCAGAGGCCGCCCGGCAGACCUAUGGCUUGGUGUGUGAUGCCUAUGGCCGCCUGUUUGACAGGCUGGGGCUGCGAUGCAUCAAGGUCCAGGCGGAUGUGGGCAGUAUUGGGGGCACAAUGUCUCAUGAGUUCCAGCUCCCAGUGGAUGUCGGAGAGGACCGGUUUGCAGUCUGCCCCAGCUGUAACUUCUCGGCCAACGUGGAGACGCUAGACAUGUCACAGACGAACUGCCCUGUUUGCCAGGGACCUCUGACCGAAACCAAAGGCAUUGAGGUGGGGCACACAUUUUACCUGGGCACCAAGUACUCUUCCAUUUUCAAUGCUCAGUUCACUGACGUUCAUGGCAAACAAUCCCUGGCUGAAAUGGGGUGCUAUGGCUUGGGUGUGACUCGGAUCUUGGCUGCUGCCAUCGAAGUUUUCUCUACAGAAGACUGCGUCCGCUGGCCCAGCCUCCUGGCCCCUUACCACGUCUGCCUCAUCCCCCCUAAGAAGGGCAGUAAGGAGGAGGCGGCGGCAGAGCUCACAGGGAACCUGUAUGACCACCUCACCGAGGUGGUGCCGCAGCUGCGAGGGGAGGUCCUGCUGGACGACAGGACCCAUCUGACCAUUGGGAACAGACUGAAAGAUGCUGACAAGCUUGGCUACCCGUAUGUGGUCAUUGCUGGCAAGAGGGCCUUGGAGGACCCUGCACGUUUUGAGGUUUGGUGCCAGAACACCGGUGAGGUAGUCUUCCUUACCAAAGAAGGAACCCUGGAAUUGCUGAGCCAAGUGCAGGUAGUCUGAACCGCAGCGCCCAGGCCCAGCCCCACUCCCCUGCAGCUGUGGUGUUUAUUUGAACAGCACCCAGCUCCAUACUCCUUGGGGCUGGGCUCUCCAGAAAUAGGGAAGCUUGUGGCAAGUGAGAUGUGUUAGGGAAUCAGUAUUCACCUAGUAUUUUGUUCAAACUACAGUUGCCCUUGAACACCAGUGGCAUUACUUUGCUAUGGCGGCCCUUUGGCGUCUGGGGAGGACACGUCCAUCUCCAUGGUUGUGUGAACCUAUGAUGUGGAGCCUACCUGUCCACGUGUCAGUGGACCCAGCAGUUCAAACCCAUGUUCAAGAGUCAGCUGAAUCUGUAGUUCCAGUCACUGACUGAUCCUUCGGACUGGUUGAGCAGCAGUCUACCAGUCCUUUUAUAUUCCACUGUGGCCACUUCUGAGGAGGCAGGGAGCUCAGUUCCCUCGGCCUUCAGGUGAGUCACUUUGGUCCCAGUUGUUUCCCAGCGAGGAUGGGAGUAACUGGCGGCCAAGGCCCUCCUGCUCCAGGGGCUCUUGCUGCAUCCAGUCUAGAGAACAAGCCCACCAGCCUCCCCUCCCCAGACCUCGGUUUCCCCAUCUGUGAUAUGUGAAAAUAAACUACUUCUGAGUUUUUAAGCUGUCACUGGCCAGUUCCACGAGAGAUUCGUGACAGGCAGAUCUGCUUAGGACGUGGGCCCUCCACCAUCCAUGAUACACAGAGAUUUGAUAAAAUCCACUGGUGGCCAAAACCACCUCCAGAGAGCUGGCCCUGUUAGGCAGCUUAGCACUGAGGCCAUGUUGUAGCCACUGAAUAAAGUCAGACUGUUGGAAUGAGCCUUACAUGUGAACCUGAAACAGCGGUGACACCUGCCGUUUAACAGCACAGCAUCUUCCUGUCUUGAGACUUUGUUCCUACUAUGUCUGUACUACACUCAAAAGAAAAUUGGGUGGUGUUUCCCCCAAGUAGCAGGGACAGCAGGCUUCAAAUACCUGUCCUAGGUACACACACAGCUGGAUCCUGGAGCUGUGAGAGCUUUCUCUCUGGGUUCUGGAAAAUUGGGAGCAGAUUCAAACUCCCACAGCAGUGCUUCCUGCUUUCAUCAUGCCAGGUCACCACUGGGAACAUAGUUUGCCAUGACAUGUCCAAAUCUAACAAGAAUUAAUCAAGGCCAAGCUCCUUGAUUAAUAUCCCCUCCUGAAAACAGGCCUGGCAGUGCCUGGAAGUGGUUUUCCCCUGGCUCCCUAGCACCUUCCUGUUUGGCAUUAAUCUCUCAGCACCCACCCAGCACACGUGUGAGGCCGCGCACCUUGAGCCGAUUCUUUAGGCUCUGCAGUUACCUUGACCAGUUGCUCCGCCUGCAGCCUGUUAACUCACGCUCAGGUCUCCUAAUGUGUAGUUCCAGCCCUAGAUUCACAGACCUGCCGCUGGACCCAGCCUUCAGGCCAGUAGAUUUUGAGAGCAGACCUAGGUAAACUGACCUGUCAGGGCGCGUUGCCAGGUUCUGGGGUGUGGCCUGGGCAUCAGGAAUUUCCUGACUCCCUACAUGAUUCUAAUGCCCAGAAUCCACUGAGCUUCCAGUGUAAGGCAGCUGUCUCCUGAGCCUGUUUGUGCUUGGGCCUUCCUUUGAGUGGUUUCAGUUGUGUGUUAUCAGACUGAUGUUAGCUUUUCCAGCUAUCUGGUCAGCUGCUAGGGCCUGCUGUGUGCCACUGUGCUGUGAGGCACUUUAAUAUCGUUUUCAGACUGAAGGUCAGUGCUGUUAUUCAGAAACCUGUGACCAUUUAAGCACAAGGAUGCAAACCUACUAAAUACUGGAGCUGGAAUCUGAG